UCCGCAUCAUUUUCAAACUAUUAGUUUGAAGAUGGCGCCCACAAAAGUUUACUUUGUUGUCCCUGCUCAUUAAUUGUCGUCGAUUCAGCGAGCCUAGUUUACGCUGCCAACUGAAUAGGCCAAAGUACACAUUUUUUUCUCUAUAAAUACCCACCGCAUUACAAAUUGUCGAAUCAAUCUCUACCAAUUUAGUACAAGAAAAUGGGAAGGAUCCCCGAAGUGUUGUUGAUCUCGGCCGCGCCGGAUUCAAAGCCGAUGCAGAUGAUCGGCAUGGGCACCGUGACGUACCCGUUCGGCCCGUCGGAGACGUCCCUCGGCGAGGCCGUCGCCGACGCCGUCGAGUCGGGGCUCGUCGGAUCCCGCGACGAGCUCUUCAUCACCUCCAAGCUCUGGUGCAGUGAUGCCCAUGGCGACCGUGUCAUCCCCGCGUUGAGAAAAACUCUCCAAAACCUUCAAAUGGAGUACAUUGAUCUCUAUCUUAUUCAUUGGCCCAUAAGUAUAAAGGCGGGAAAAUCCGAUAUUCCGAUAGCAAAGGAUGAUCUUUUACCAUUGGAUUUUAAAUCAGUGUGGGAAGCAAUGGAGGAGUGUCAAAGGCUUGGCUUAACAAAAGCCAUUGGAGUGAGCAAUUUUUCCUGCAAAAAGUUAGAAAUUUUGCUCUCGACCGCGAAAAUCCCUCCUGCUGUUAAUCAGGUGGAAGUGAAUCCGCUAUGGCAACAAAAGAAGUUGAGGGAGUUUUGUGUGGAAAAGGGGAUUAAGAUAUGUGCUUACUCACCUUUAGGGGCUAAAGGGACUGUGUGGGGAAAUGAUAGGGUGAUGGAGUGUGAGGUGUUGAAGGAGAUUGCCCAAGCCAAGGGAAAAACUCUGGCUCAGAUAUGUUUGAGAUGGGUGCAUGAGCAAGGAGAUUGUGUGCUAGUGAAGAGCUAUAAUGAGCAGAGAAUGAAGGAGAACUUAGAUAUAUUUGAUUGGGAGUUGAGUGAAGAGGAUAAGUACAAGAUCAACCAGAUACCACAGCAGAGAAGUGUUCCAGCGGAGGAUUUUAUAUCAGAUGUUGGGCCUUUCAAGUCCCUAAUGGAGCUUUGGGAUGGUGAGAUUUGAUCUGAACUUUUGUUUCAAGAGUAUCUUGAGAACAUUUGCUAUUAUUAGUAUGUAAUAAUUUUCUGCAGCAGUAUUGGACCAAAGUUGAUCACAGUAAGCAGAAGUCCUCUGCGAAAUCUUUGUCUGUUGUAGGGUCUUUUAAAGAAAAUAUUGAAUAUAAUCAGUUAUUUCAUAUC